AAAUAUUCAAAAGUAUCGGUCAAUAGGCUGUGAAGCGUGGGUUAAUGGCGCAACAAAUUGACACGGCAAUUCCAUACCACGGAAAAAAGCGCCCCGCAGAAAGCGAGCCCGAAGACCAACCUUUGGCAAAAAGAUUUGGACGGUUACACAUAGAUACGGUUUUUAUUCAUGAUAUUGAUCGAGAGUUAGCAGAAAGCGAUACCCAAGAAGACACCAUCAGUAUCUUGCCAGGGGUUGCAGGGACACUGCUGUCUAUACCGAAUACUCUCAUCGCAGACACUAAACCCCAAAGUCAUGAACUGGUUCUUUACCGGGAACCAAAAUCACUGUCAAUACCAGGAGAACAAGACAAUGUGCGGCGAGCGAUAGCUGAAACGCGGGCACGGGCAAGGCAAGCGAGGUUGGACCAUCCAUCUACAACCGAGAGCAGCGCAGUCAAAAGUGAUUUUGGAAUCAUAAUCGAUGAUGAUGAUGUUAUGGACAUAGACCCUGUACUCUAGGCGCUCUCUCAAUUUUUUUUUUUUUUUUUUUUUUUUUUUUUUUUUUUGGGUCUCAUCCCCCCCUCGUCCAGUGCCAGGGAAGCAUUGAAAGCUGAUAUAUACUCCGUAUCAAUCAUCAAUCAAUAUGUAUAUACGCAUUUUCUACUUUCCCAGCAUGCUGAUUGGUUGGUCACCACUGCCUGCAGGCCAUUCUGCCAUCUUAUCCUAAUGAAAUUUUCC